GCAGCCUUCCGCCCCUUUCGCCCACGCGCGCCGCUGUUUCCGAACGGAACCGCGCUCCCCUCCCUCCUCCCCCUCCCAAACCGCCCUUUGCUGGCACCGGCCGAAGCAGGCUCCUCGCCGCCGUGAUGGAGCAGGCGGAGCACGAGCCCCGGAAGCUCUUCGUCGGCGGCCUGCCGCGGCUGGGGGUCACUCAGAACAGCCUGAGGGCCCACUUCGCCCGCUACGGGCACGUGGUGGAGGCGCUGGUGAUGCAGUAUCCGGACGGCAUGGGCCGCGGCUUCGGCUUCGUCGAGUUCCAGGACGAAGAGGCGACGCUCAGGGCGCUCGACGCGAGGGAGGCGGACGCGCACAAUGCCUUCUUCGGCCGAAAGGUUGAUGUGAAGAAAGCAGAGAAAAAACAAGGAACCCGUUCCUCACUGGCUCAGAGCAGUUCAAAUAAACUGGAUGCUGACCCAAAGAAGAUCUUUGUGGGUGGGUUUGGUGACAAGAUCACCAAAGAUGACAUGUCAGGUUAUUUUGAGAAGUUUGGGACGGUAACUGAUGCUGUUGUGUGUUAUGAUAAACUAACAAGAAAGGCAAGGGGAUUUGGAUUUGUCACAUUCGACUCUAAGGAAGCUGCGGACAAGGUUUUGGAGAACCAGUUUCACUAUUUGAAGGGAACAAAAGUGGAAACAACCCAGGCUAAACCAAAAAGUUCAAUGGACAGUGGGGGCUGGGGUCACAGGAGCCCUGCUAAUGACUAUGGUGGAAUGUACUCACCCCACAACAGACCAUUUAUGCCUUGGAAUGGCCCUUAUCUGGUUCCGUAUCCAUAUGUAUAUCCAUACCUAUACCCACCACCUGGAAUCAUAAAUUAUGGGUACAUGAUGAGCCAAACAGGCACUCCAGCGAUUCAAAGUGAUAGGGGAAAUCAGCCUCCCGCAAGCUUGAAAUCAGAUCCAGCAAAGCCAGAUUCCAACUUACUGUAAGGAAGCUAAUGUCAUAACACCAGUGACGCUUGGCCGCCACAUUUUCCCCGGGAACUCUAGACAGUUUUGAAGACUGGAGCUCUGACGUCUCACCAUGAAUCGUUUUACCUGCCCAUAUUCUUUGUUCGCACCCUGUACAUUGAGUCCAAGCUGUACCACCUAUCACAUAUCCACCAUGCUUGAAUUCUGUUACCGUUGCCAUCACAGUUUACUUUGGAUUAAUACAUUCAUGUUUUCAUAUUCAUUUGGUACUGAAACAUCA